ACAUGCCAUAUCAUGAUACAACCUUUUCUCGAGGAAGGUGCCUGGUGUUACUGGGUUCUCUCUGUUGGAGCAUUGUUAUCCUUUCUUGGUCUCAUCGUUGCUUGCAUAUGUAGCUGUCGUCGUAAUGAGAACAAGAAUGAAUUUCUUGGCCUCGCUGGAAUGGUAACUCUAAACGAUUCUGACAACGACGGCUUUAACAGGAUACCGAUGACAGAUGCCCUUCGUAUAGCGACUCAAGAUGCUGUUGACAGCGGAAAAAGGUCGACCACCAGUGCCAAUAGAAGUCUUCCAGAUAUUCCCAAAGACAAAGAGAAGAGACAGGAGAAUGUAACUGUAUCCGUGCCUCAAGAUAUUUAUGAAACCACCGAAGUAAUUGGUGAUCAUUCAGAACUAUACGCGACAGUACGGGACACAGCGGUGAAGGAACAUGCGUCUGAACUGGAAGCGCUACAACUUGUACGUCAAAAUUCUUCGACUCAAGAAGCCUCGGACGAUCAGUAUUCAAGAUUUGCAACAUCACCCAAUUCUGACAAUGUCGAACAUCCAUAUGCUCAACUUCAAAAUGUUCAAAAAACCGAGGCUAAUCAAUCGAAUCGAAAUAAUAAUAAUAAUAAUAAUAAACAAACGAUCGAUGCUGAUAAACCAUCAACAUCAACCUGUCAAGUUAAUGGAAAUCCUGUGGCUCCACCAAGAACUCGUCGAUCUUCGUCGCACAAUUCGCUUUUGUCCGCCGAAACCGGUCCCCCGCCUGAUAUUCAAGCGGCUAGUGCCAUAUCGGGGGGAGUACAAGCCAAUCAAGAUUUACCCUAUAUGACGCCGCCUUUAUUAAUGUUACUUUCUCAGCCACCUCAACUUCAGUCCAACAGUUCACCACAUCAUUUUAGCGGAGAUUCUCAAGACUCGAAAGGGUACACAAGCAUCAGUGUGAGAGAGCCUUUGGCAAACAUAAUUGCGCAAACGAAGACUAUUUGUCGCCAGAAUCAAUCCAGUCGACCUCUCAUAGAUCCUCAUUACGCGACUGUGUCGGAUGACUCUGAUGAAAUGUACGCUGCCAUUGACGAACAAGAUAAAGUGUAUACCAGUGGUAGCGAAACGUACGCUCAGAUACAACCGACGGUGACAGAGGUUCAACGAGUCCAAACCGAACAAACGCUAUUUUCUCGAGCUCCGUCACGUUCCGAAGAUAGUUAUCCUGCUCCGCAACCACCAAGCGUCGACAGUUUACGGCACGUUGCGCAUGCUCAUUCCAGGCAAGCUUCGUCCUCGAGUGCCAACAGUUCCAUCAUAAACCCUGGCUCACCGAAACCGGAAAAACGUCAAGCUAAUUCUCCGUUACCACCUCCACCGGAAGGAAUGACAGAAGUAUACGCCUCGAUCGAAAAAAGAACGAAAACUGAAGACCGUUUCAAGUCAAGUUUAUCCAGUGGUAAAUCCUUGGAGGACAUGUACGCGAAGGUGAUGAAGAAGAAAAAGGACGUAGAAUCAGAAGAGCAAAGCGACGCGCAUUCCAACUCUCACGGAAGCCUCCACUCGGAGGUGUUGAUUGUUGGUUCCGGUAGGAAACCGAGUCUCGUUGAAGUGAACAGGAUUUCAUGGUCUAGUCACGAUUCUAUGGAAAUACAAAAGAAGGAAUCCGAUUUCGUUGCUGCUGUUACUGCUGCUACUACUACUACUAGUGGUAGUGGUAGUGAUGGUGGUGGUGGUGCAUCCCCUUCGCCGUCCUCUACGAGAAUCACCAGCGAAGAGGCGGAUACAUCGAACCACGGCUUUCUGCCAACCGGCGACGAUCAUGGCUACGAAGCGGUGAACGCCGAUUUAGCGAAAAAACAUCCAACGAUUCGCGAAACCUGCGAUCCGAACUACGAGAUAUUGCGACCGCAACAACGUGCGAUGGACGUUAUAUCGGAUUACCAGCAGCAAACUAACACCACCAGCGCCGUCUUGAUCUCUCUGCGAAACAACACGAAUUUACCAAACGCUUCUUCUUACUCCGUACCGUUCAAGCACCGACAGAUCAGCAACGCCAGCAGCGAGGAUCCUGGCUACGAGAAAGUAAGAUUGAGAAAAAGGAUCGAGAUCGAUCAGGACACGGACUCGGAACCGAAUUACGAGAGUAUGCCGCACGACGACUCGGCUGAACCGAACUACGCGUCGGUUUGUCGACCUGGGGACAGCGAUACAGAUCCCAACUACGAGUCCGUCAAUCACGGGGAUCCCAAUUACGAGAGCGUGAAAUACAUGAGCGUGACUGGUGGCACGGAGGAACCACCGUACGAGCAAGUGAACGCUUACAAAUCCGAACAGAAUGAUCGCGACGGAUACGAAAAAGUCAAGAGGCAAAUGUUGUUUAACGUCGAUUACGAAAAGAUACAUCAGCAUCAGAAUCAGGAUCAAAAGCAGGGUCAGAGUCAGGAUCAGGAUUGUUCUACCGGACCGAUCAACGGAGAUACUGAUGAUGAACAGUAUGUGCAAGUGUAAUCAUUCAGUGCAAUUACAUAUCCCUUUCUUGACCGCGCGCGCGCGCGCACGCACACACACACACACACCCCAUUCUCUUUUCUCCUUCUCUAUCACUAGACAUUUCCCACACCUGUGUUUAUAUACUCCAUCAUAUCCUCGUUAAAACAGAUCAUUCGUCCUGUGAUGACUACAAAUCUGUUUCUUUCCUUUGUCGAUUUUGACAGUGCAUUGAAACGGUAUUGAUCAAUUAUUUUAGGUUUGACGCAUUGACAUAUACAUAUACGGGACACGACAUUGUAACUUUAUAUAACACACGCGUACUUGCAUCAUGGAAAUCAUUGAUAUUUUUCACUCUCUUCACUCUGUACCCUUCCUUUUCUACCACCAAAUUUAUCUGGACUGCGCAUUUAACACACCUAACUAUCAAUUAACUCAUCAUUAACUUAUAAUCAAUAUUGGUGAAUGCUGUCAUUACCACUGUUGAAAGUACCGUUUGCACGCGAAUCGCGAUUAGAGAGAGAGAGAGAGAGCGAGAGAGAGAGAGAGAGAGAGAGAGAGAG